CACGUGAAGAGGCCGAUGAAUGCGUUUAUGAUCUGGGCUAAGCAGGAAAGAAAGAGAAUUCUCAACAUGUGCCCCGAAAUGCAUAACUCCAAUGUCUCAAAAAUUCUAGGAAUGAAAUGGAAGCGCAUGUCGCUGGAUGAUAAGCAGCCUUACUUCGCGGAGCAGAUGAGAUUGAACAGGGUGCACAUGGAAAGUCAUCCCGGAUACAAAUACAAG